AUAUUGCAUCGUUUUGAGCGAGGGGUAGGACAUUGUACGGUUCUUGGAUGCGCUGUAGAGACGUUCUGAACUGUGAUUUUGUCGAGUGGCGCGACAGUGAAUGGGGCCACUUAUUCUUCAUGUCGCUGUCGUUGUGCUCGCCGCGGAAAGUGUUGAUGAAAACAGCCCUUCUGUCACAUGUGCGGAGCAUCUGCAGUUCGGAAACCCUUUGGCUUUUGUUUUAUAAAUAGGGAAUGAACGACGAGACAACACCAGGAAACUGCAAGAGAAACUCUGGGUGCUCCAGUAUUGAGCAAAUGCUGGCUGUGAACCCCGGGAAGACGCCCAUCAGUUUGCUGCAGGAGUAUGGAACGCGGAUAGGCAAGACCCCAGUGUACGACCUGCUGAAGGCCGAGGGUCAGGCCCACCAGCCCAACUUCACUUUCCGCGUGUCCGUGGGUGAAAUCAGCUGCACCGGCCAAGGGCCCAGCAAGAAGGCUGCAAAGCACAAGGCAGCUGAAGCAGCCCUCAAAAUGCUCAAAGGAGGCCUGGGAUUGAUCAGUGGAGGUGUUGGCAGUACAGAAGAGAGCAGUGCUGGGGGAGGAGGAGGAAGAGAGGAAGAAUGUACUGAUGGGCUGGAGUUGUCCACAGAUGGAUUAAGCUUGAACCCAGAGGCAAAAAUGUCAAGCUCCACACAACAGGCGGAGUGCAAUCCAGUAGGUGCACUGCAGGAGCUGGUGGUGCAGAAGGGCUGGCGUCUGCCAGAGUACACUGUGACGCAGGAGUCAGGACCAGCUCAUCGAAAGGAGUUCACUAUGACCUGCCGAGUGGAACGGUUUGUUGAGAUUGGAAGCGGCACAUCAAAGAAGUUGGCAAAGCGUAACGCGGCUGCAAAGAUGCUAACCCGAAUCCAUGAUGUUCCGGUGGACCUCAGACCCAAUAAUGACGCUGAAGCAGAUGAUGAUACUUUUACCAUGCACAUGAGUGGCAGGUUGGAGGGGGGCAAGGGCAAAGGCUUUGGUUGCACAUGGGACUCCCUGCGCAACUCAGCAGGGGAGAAGAUCCUCCAGCUGCGAAGCCAACCUCUGGGUGAGCCAGACUCUAACUUCUGCUCCCUACUGCAUGAGCUCUCUGAAGAGCAGCGCUUCGAGGUCAGCUACCUGGACUUGGAAGAGCGCAGUCUCAGCGGCUGGUACCAGUGUCUGGUGGAACUCUCCACCCAGCCCGUCACUGUGUGCCAUGGCUUUGCACACAGCUUGGAUGCGGCUCGCGCCAGUGCCGCCCACAACGCCCUGCAGUACCUCAAGAUCAUGGCUGGUGCUAAGUAACUACCUAAAACCAGCUUCUGAUACAAUCCUACUAAACAUGUAUAGUCAUUCGGGGUGAUGUUUUGGAUGCCCUUAGUGCAAAAUGACUGUGUCCUUUCCGUGGCUUGGUAAGAAGUGAUGUCAUCCUUCUUAACAUAUGUGUCUUAUAGUUCUCUGAAAUGCAGACAUAAAACGUGUAAGUAUAUCUGACUGUCAGCUGACUCUUCUGAAAAUUACUGUAAGCAGGGUUUCAACUGAAAUGGCACAAACUCGAAACAAGGGUCACUCUAAUGAGGGGAAAGAGGACUCCCCUUGCUCUUUAUUAAACAGUUGCCCUACCCAUCCCUGUGGCCCCUCUUUCUGGCCCUUUCCUACAAAUCCGUUAGAGAAUUCACAUCCCUGGUGUUCACAAUCACUGUAGAGGAGGAUGGUGUCCUCUGGAGUCACUUCACACGCACUUUACAAAAUGCCCUUUGUUAAAAGGGCGGAUCAUCUCCACUUAAAUGUUUUCUUCCUCCUCAACCUUAGGCCUCUUAAGCUGAUAAUGACUUAUUUUUAGGUUAGCCUCUUCAGGUCCAUUGUUAUUGUGUCGUGCUCGUUGUCAGUGUGCUUGAACCAUUCUUUUCAUGCUGACCGGGAAAUCCAAGGCUUUACUUUGGAAUAACGGGUGCUAUAGCAGUCCUCUCUUUAAAUACUAGCUGUAUUCUCCACUGGAGUAAUGAGACUUCAUUGAAAGUUUCUGAUUUGAUGUCGCAGCCACAAGAUGUUGCUGUUUCCUUGCUUUCAUAAGGCCAGUGCAACUUCACUCAUCUGUGACAGGUCAAUUGUAGCCACAGUAACAGACACUUUGAAUUAUAACCAAAUCCGGGCUGUUCUGGAAGGCUGGGUGCAUCCAUGAAUUGGAGCAGAUUCAAAUGACCAACCAAAUGUGUACAAGCUAUGUGAUGCAUUUUUAAGAUAUUGUUUUAUCAGCUAUGAGAUGGUGAUUGAAGAAAAGGACAAAUUCCUGGAAAUAAAUUGUAUAGGUAAAAUCUGGAGAUAAAAUGUUCAAAUAUAUUUUUCCCCCAUUUUGUUCCAGUCCAAAAAGAAAAU